ACUUCUACAGCCUACUCUAAUGUUAGUUUGCUUAGGACCGAUCAUAAAGCGUUAACAAAUAAAUAUAUCAUAUGUAUGUAUUUAUUUAUAUUGCAUAUGCAUGCACAAUAUUAUACACAUAAUAUUAUCAUCAUAAUAUAAGUGAUAAAGAUAUCAUACAAAUUAUAACCAUUUUCGAAAGAGGAUUUUUUUGUGACGUGUCUUGUAUAAAAUUUAAAUUUAAAUAUUUUACUCUUAUUAUUUUCAUUUAUUAGUUUUUAUCAUAAUGAAGGACCAUGAGUUUAAAAAGAUAAUACUUUUAUAGUCGUCAAAGUAGUGACUUAAAUUAACAAUUUAUGAAUCAAGUGAUCGGGUUGGUUUCUAUAACUGAGAAAUCGAUGGAAGAUGGCUUACAUUCCUUUAGGGCCAUUACUUUCUUGGUCUUAUGGUACUUUUUUAGUGGAUGUACAUUAUUCUUAAACAAAUACAUCCUGUCCUAUCUAAAUGGAGAUCCUACUGUAUUAGGAGCUUUUCAAAUGAUUAUGACUACUAUUUGUGGUUUUAUUCAAUUAUAUUUGCCUUGCGGGAUGUACAAACAACCUAUACAACGAUCAAAAAGACCUCCAAAUUUUUAUAUUCAUAUGAGUUUGGUUGGUUGUACGCGGUUUAUUACAGUUUUAUUAGGGCUUAUUUCAUUAAAUUAUGUAGCAGUAAGUUUUACGGAAACAAUAAAGAGUUCAGCACCUAUAUUCACUGUGUUUAUUUCUAAAAUGUUGUUAGGUGAACAAACAGGUUUUCUGGUGAGUUUAUCUUUAGUUCCUAUAAUGGUCGGCCUUGCAUUGUGUUCAUCCAAUGAACUUUCAUUUAAUGUACCAGGAUUCAUUGCUGCUCUAGCUACUAAUUUUACUGAAUGCUUACAAAAUGUUUAUUCUAAAAUGUUAAUUAGCGGAGACAAGUUUAAAUAUACACCUGCAGAACUACAAUAUUAUACAAGCUUAGCGUCAAUCAUUAUUCAAAUUCCUGCAACAUUGAUGUUAGUUGAUAUUAGAUAUGCUAUUCAAAAUACUAGUCUACACUUGUUACUUAUGUUUAUAUUAAAUGGAGUGUUCUUUCAUUUUCAAAGCAUUACAGCUUAUGUACUUAUGGAUUAUAUAAGUCCAGUGACUUACAGUGUGGCAAAUACUGUAAAGCGUGCAUUUCUCAUAUGGAUGUCGGUUGUAUUGUUUGGAAAUUCUAUCACUGUUUUAAGUGGACUAGGUACAAUUAUAGUCAUUAUUGGGGUUGUUAUUUAUAACAAAGUAAAACAAUAUGAUAUAAGUCGUCAAUCAUUUCAAGAAAUAGAUAAAAAGUUACUUCUAUCCCCAUUCAAAGUCCGGACCAUUUAAUGCAAUAAGUAAUGAAAAAUGUGAGAAAAAUACUGCAAUAACUGUAAUAUAUAAAUAUUUUUUUUCUUUAAUUAGUUAAUAAAAAUUGUUAUUGUAAAAUGUGAUUGUAUUAAAUAUACAAUACCUAUUAUUAAUUAUUAAUUUUUAUUAAAAAAAAUAAAGCCAUUAGAAAAUAUUAAUUUAAAAGUGUCCAUGUUUUGCAUC